AGUGUUUGCUUGGUAACGUGAUUGGCGGGCGAUUUACAAUGUAAAUUUUCGUAAAAACAUUUCGAUCAAUCAUGUCAGAGCAGUAAUCGUCAAUCGUAAUUCAUUCACUUUAUCUUGAUCCAAACUACUCGCACAAUUUAUGCUAAAUUAACGUCGGCUCCGAAAACCGCAUUGAACGGUUGAACCUCGUUGUCAAACUUAACCUCAAAGUUCUCGGCGUUUCCAUGUGCGGCGUGCAUCUGUACUACAACACCCCCGGCGCACCUAAGCAGCAUACAGCCUACAGCUGACAUUACAGCGUCAUCUUUUAGUUCGACAUUCAUGAUUUGCUCAGUGCACGGCCAUUAUUACGGCUGGCAUUCGCACAUGCACGAGCUGUCAGUGCACAGAGUACAUACACAGCUAAUGCUUCUGUCUGCGUGAUGACAAGAAAAAUAUUACGUGUGCAUAGUUGGUCGGAAUAUUGGCAAGUUUAGCGAUAAAAGUCAAAGCUUUCGGAAGGAUUUCGACGUGAAAUGAGGUUUGGAAAGUCGGCGGUAAAAGUGACUUGAUAAGCUAUCGAUGUUUAUUGUUGAUUCGUUAAACAAAGAAUUAUUACAGACAUGGAUUCCUUUAGCAGUAGAGACAGUCCUCUAAGAGCCAUCAAAGCUGACAUUCUAAAGUUUAUUCAGAACAAAGUGUUCCUGGGCAGGUACACUGAGAGACGUUAUGUGGAAUCACUUCAAGCGUACAGGGACAUUAUCAUGAUUGAGUCAAGUGAAGACAUUGUACAAAAUCUAAUGCGAACAAAGAAAACACUCGAGGCAUAUGCAAAUAACAAGUGGAUAGGAAUCACAAAUGAUCCACAAAAUCCUGAAUCCGAUGACUGCCUCUUAUGGGUCCAAUUGAACAACGUGCCUAUUGGUAAACACUGGUUCCAAAUGUCUGCCAUCAGAUUUGAAGGACGAGAGAUAAUCUUAGAAGUUCAACACAUUCAACCUUUUCGCUCUCCUGACAAGAGUUUCAACAGUGAUGAUCCAAACUUUCCUGUACUCGAUUUUAAAGAGAUUUUCACUUAUUCAAACAUCUGUGAAGCAAUCAAAUUUAGUGCAAUUGUAAUGAUGGCUCUUUUCACUUUUGCAGUGGAAGCACUUAGGUAUUUGGGAGAAUACAGUAUUAAGUUGAGCCAUGUACUUGUGAACCUUGUACACGUGUCCACACCUAUAUGGUUAGGUGUUUUUGAGUUUUUAGCCAAAUGUGUAGGUGGAUUUUAUUGGCUCAUUUAUGUGAUGUUUCGAGGUGGUCCUAACACUCCUGCAGUGCCAAGUGCACUAAUGAGCAAUCAUAGACCUUAUGGUCAAGGACCUAGACCUCUAGAAUACAAAAGUCGAUUUUCAAAUUCUAGACCAAGCUAUUCACCAAACUCACAAUAUAUGAAUAGGUACCAAAGAUAGUGAGACACCUAAAUUUGUUGCUGGCCACAAAAGUAAGACUAUAUAUUUACCGUUAGAUUUGAGAUGAAAUUAAUGUUUUUUAAAGUGCAUUAAGAAAUGGAUAUUAUUAAUUUUAUACUUGUAUAAAUGUUUACACGGAACUUUUAAUACAAAAAAUUGUAAAUAAAAAAGAUUGAUAGGCAA